GAUGCAUCAUGGCUUCGUUUAUAUGCAGGAUGCAGUUUUUAGAUGAUACUGAUCCGUUCAACAGCACCAGUUUUCCUGAGCCCACCAGACCGCCUCUGUAUACUUUCAGGGAGGACAUCCCUCUGAUCAAUCAGAUUGCCGGAGUUCACAGGCUGCUGAAAGCCCCACACAAGCCUGAUGACUGUGCCCUCCAGCUGUCCCAUAAUGGAAGUUAUUUGGAUUUGGAGUCUACGCUGGCAGAGCAGAAAGAUGAACUGGAGGGAUUUCAGGAGGAUGGAGGGAGGGGCAGGAAACACAGCAUCAUUCUUCGAACACAGCUGUCAGUCAGAGUCCAUGCCUGCAUCGAAAAACUCUACAACUCAACGGGACGGGAGCUUCGGAGAGCCCUCUUUUCUCUGAAGCAGAUUUUUCAGGAUGACAAAGAUUUGGUGCAUGAAUUUGUGGUAGCUGAAGGACUGACGUGUCUGAUAAAAGUUGGAGCUGAAGCAGACCAGAACUACCAGAAUUACAUCCUCAGGGCUCUUGGUCAGAUAAUGCUGUAUGUGGAUGGGAUGAACGGCCUCAUAUCCCACAAUGAAACGGUCCAGUGGCUCUACACUUUGAUUGGUUCAAAGUUUCGUCUGGUGGUUAAGACGUCUCUUAAGCUGCUGCUCGUAUUUGUGGAGUACACAGAAAGUAAUGCUGCCCUGCUCAUAAAGGCUGUGAACACUGUGGAUGCCAAAAGAGAUACUAAACCAUGGUCAAAUGUCAUGGAGAUCCUGGAUGAGAAGGAUGGCGUGGAUACUGAGCUGCUGGUGUUUGCAAUGACGCUUAUUAAUAAGACUCUGGCAGGCCUUCCAGACCAGGACUCCUACUAUGACCUGGUGGACUGUCUCGAGGAGCAGGGCAUUGAAGGCACAGCUCAGAGACACCUGAGCAGAAAAGGCACCGACCUCGAUCUUAUCGAACAGUUCAACAUCUAUGAGAUGACUCUUCGCCAUGAGGAUGGGGAUGAUGAAGCCCAGCUGCCCCCUAAUGGCCGGAAGGACCGGCGGAGGGCUAGUGUUGACUGCACCAAUGAGAGGCGAGGCCAGGACAGAAGACGGAGCCGGAGACAUUCACUUCAGAACAGCAGAGACCACACGUCAGCCUCAGCCUCCCCCAACAGCCCUCACGUUCAUUCCAGCAGGUUCCUGUCUGCUGGUGGCCAACGGGAUGAAGACAUAAGUCUGACAGAAAGUAUACCUGCUACUUCUUAUUCAGCUAGAAGGCCCUGCUGGGCUGGAAGAACCACUGCUGGAGGUUCUCCAUUCUCUGGCAGACACCAGACUCUCACAUCACCCAUUCAUCGCCUCUCAAACUCAGCACCAUCCACACUAGACUCCAAGUCCGACAGACUUGGUUUUGGAAGCUUGCUUACGUCUUCCUACAGGCAGCAUCAGGAGUCUCUGGCUGCAGAAAGAGAGAGGAAACGCUUGGAACGAGAAGAACGACUGCAGAGAAUUGAAAGAGAAGAAAGGAAUCGCUUCAAUCGGGAUUAUGGAGAUAAGAGGGAAGAAGCGAGACAAGCCAGAGCAGAAAGGUUUAAAGCAGUGGAGCGGUUAGCUGCAGAGGAGUUUGAGCGAGAGCGCCCCAGAGCACCAACACGGGGGCGAACAGAGAUCACGCUGUGUCUGAGCCCAACACCAGCCAGUCGUUGUGCAUCACGCUGUGUUGCACCUUUACCCUCUAUGCCACAGGAAGACAUCAUCACCACUGCACAACAGAAUUCAGGAGCAGAACACAUAUCAGGUCCAAAGCUUGACCCCCAGACCAGAACCAAAAGUCCUGCACCAGAGUUAUCCGUACCAGAAUGUUCCCCAGCACCUCCCAAAGAACCAGACAAACAGCAGACUGAUGCAGAGACUGAAGAUGCUGCAGAGACUCCAUCUGAUGAGAAUAUAGCAGCACAGCUGGAUGAAGAGUUGGACAGAGAGCAAGAAGAGACACAAGAGCAGGUGCAAAGUACAGAGGAAGUAGCUGAUGUUCAAGAGGUCAGAGAGACACAGGUAGAUGUAGUGGUAGAGGAGGCGUCUGAGAAGGUGCAGCCAGCAGGAAGAGAUGUAGAAGAAAGCUUACUGCUAAGUGAGAAGGAGAGACAGAAUGAGGAGAUGAAUGAAAAGGACAACUGCUCUGCAUCCAGCAUUUCUUCUACAAGCAGCACUCUGGAGAGGGAGGAACGAGAGGAGAAAAUCACCAAUGACAUGAAAUCAGGCCAGUGGAGUCUAGAAGAGGUUGAUGUGAAUGACCAAUGCAAGAAGAUUCUCAAUAACAAGCGUUUUAUGCUGGAAAUGCUUUAUGCUCAGAAGGCAACCACUGAGGACAAAGGAGAUGCAGGAGGGUCUGAGAAGGAGAACUGUAAAUGUGAGAAAGAGAAGGAGAUGAGCGACUCUGUGAGUAGUUUGGUCACCAAGAUCUCCACACUGGAGGCGAACAGACAGGCCAGAGAGGAAAAUGUGAAAAAAAUGGAGGUGGGACAUCUGGACAACCAUGGCAGUGUCCGAGCAGUGGCAGAGAAGUUUGGAGAUUUAGUCAAAGGUCUAGCAUCUCUACAGGAGGUAGAGGCCUCUAAAGAGCAACAGCAGACUGACAAACCAUCAGUGUCAGCCUCGUCUGCUUUACCCCCCAAGAAGGAGUCUGAUCAUAUCUGGGAUCAGCUGAUGGCUACACCCAGGGAGCUGCGCAUCAAAGAAAUGGACUUCACUGACCUAAAAGACGAGGACGACUUGGACAUUUUAGAUAUGGACAAUGUAAUAGACUCACCCCCUACACCGUUCGGUUCUGCCCUCCCACCACCUCCACCCUUGUUUGGGUGCCCCCCACCUCCUCCCAUUCUUGGCAAAAUUAUGCCCCCACCCCCUCCAUUUAUGGCUCCCAUUCCUCCCCCCUCCCCUCACCUUAAGCGUGGGGAGGCACCUCUGUUCCAAAAGAAGAAGAAGACCAUUCGUCUGUUCUGGAACGAGGUGCGUCCUAUGGAUUGGCAGUGUAAGAAUCAUAAGUUCUGUAAGGAGUCCAUGUGGGCCAAACUGGAGCCAAUUAAAUUGGACACUUCUAAACUGGAGCAGCUGUUUGAGACCAAAUCCAAGGAGCUGUCAGUCACAAAGAAAGCAGCAAUUGAUGGCAAACGACAAGAGACCAUUGUCCUGGAUUCAAAACGCAGCAACGCAAUAAAUAUUGGACUAACGGUUUUACCUCCUCCUCGCACAAUAAAGACAGCUAUUCUUAACUUUGAUGAGUAUGCACUAAACAAGGAAGGCAUUGAGAAAAUCCUCACAAUGAUCCCCACGGAGGAAGAGAAGCAGAAGAUCCAGGAGGCUCAGCUGAUGAACCCGGACAUUCCUCUGGGCAGUGCAGAGCAGUUCCUGCUCACCCUCUCCUCCAUCACCGAGCUGUCAGCUCGUCUGCAGCUGUGGGCGUUCAAGAUGGACUAUGAGCUUCUGGAGAAGGAAGUGGCAGAACCUUUGCAAGACCUGAAGGAGGGAAUGGACCAAUUAGAGAAAAAUAAAACACUCAGAUACAUUUUAACCACUCUGCUGGCUAUUGGUAACUUCCUUAAUGGUUCAAAUGCCAAAGGCUUUGAGUUGAGUUACUUGGAGAAAGUCCCAGAGGUGAAGGACACAGUUCACAAGCAGUCGCUGCUGCACCACGCCUGCUCCAUUGUGGUCGAGAAGUUUCCAGACAGCACAGAUCUUUACUCGGAGAUUGGUGCCAUCACCCGCUUGACCAAGGUGGACUUUGACCAGCUUCAGGAUAAUCUGGCUCAGAUGGAGCGACGGUGCAAAGCAUCAUGGGAUCACCUGAAAGUCAUUGCAAAACACGAGAUGAAACCAGCAUUAAAGCAAAAGAUGUCCGAUUUCCUCAAAGACUGCGCGGAAAGAAUCAUAAUCCUCAAAAUUGUACACCGCAGAAUCCUCAACAGGUUUCAUGCCUUUCUGUUGUUCCUCGGCCAUCCGAUAUACGCCGUCCGCGAGGUCAGCAUUCAUCGCUUCAGUAAAAUCCUGAGCGAGUUUGCCCUGGAGUAUCGCACAACGAGAGAGCGCGUGCUGCAACAGAAACAGAAGAGGGCCAACCACAGAGAGAGAAACAAGACCAGGGGGAAAAUGAUAACAGAUAGUGGUAAAUUUGGCGGUGCCACCUCAGAUGCACAGGAGAGCCAGCCUCAGGGGAUCCAGUCUGCUGAAGAUGCUGCUGAACACGAGAACAUGAAGGCUGUAUUAAAAAGUAUCCCGCAGGACGGGGAGAGCGGCGCGUCCACAGUGCCGGGCCUUCGAACCCGGACCAGAGCCAGCGCCAUCAGGGGACGUCUUGCUCCGUGGUGCUCUGUCAGUGAAGACCCAAUAAACUGCACAGACGACACAGCUGACGAGAUCAUGGAGCGGAUCGUCCGAUCUGCCACUCAGGGGCCCAGCCAGCGGGCACAACCUCGAGAGAGAAGACGAUCCAGAGCAAACCGGAAAUCACUAAGGAGGACUCUGAAGAGCGGUCUGACCACUGAGGAGGCGAACGCUCUCGGCUUGUCCAGCGGUUCAGAGAUGCAGGUGUGAGCCGGAUGUGGAUCCUGCUGGACAUCAAGACGCCUGUAGGCCCUUUCACUGCCCCCACCCUCUCCAAACUGGAACCCCACUCAACCGUUCUGGCUUGGGUUGAACACCCUCCUACCAG